CUAUGAUUGUCUGGCAACGCUUGCAACCAGUGUUGACAGUCCAGUGCUAGCAGUGCUAAUUAGCGACAGCGAUGGCACACUUGCGUGAAAGCACAGACAAGGCCUUAAAGCUUUUACGUACCUUGCCACGCGUACAAAUUGGCAAUCUGCGACCAAAUCCAAACUCCAAGCAGAACGACAAACGUGGGCGUGCUCAACAUGGUGGCGACAAACAUGGUGCCGGCAAUAAAGGUUCUGGCCAGCGACAGAAUUUUAUGCGUUUGGGCUACGAAACCGGCAAUCAACCUUUCUACUUGCGCUUUCCCUACGAGCCCUAUUACAAGGGACACCACAUGCGCCGAGAAUAUCCGCCAAUUUCAAUGCUACAGCUACAGGUGCUGAUCGACACCAAUCGCAUCGAUAUCAGUCAACCGAUUGACAUCGCCACUCUCUGCAAUUCUGGCCUAAUGACGCUGAAACCAGCAGAACUUCAGUAUGGAUUUCAGUUGACUGACGAAGGAUUGGACAAUUUCAAGGCCAAGAUUAACAUCGAGGUGCAGCAUGCAAGUGAAGCGGUCAUAGCAGCUGUAGAGCGCAAUGGUGGUGUCAUCCGCACUGCCUACUAUGAUCCACGCAGCCUUCACAUACUUUCCAAUCCGAAGAAAUGGUUCGAAAAGGGAGUGCCUAUCCCACUGCGCAUGCUGCCGCCACAGGAUGCUGUUGAGUACUACACAGAUGCCAAGAAUCGCGGCUAUUUAGCCAAUCCUGAGGAGAUCAGUAAGGAGCGCUUAGUACUGGCACAAAAAUAUGGCUAUGAGCUGCCUCGCAUCGAGGACGAUCCCAACUAUGAAAUGCUCACUGCAGCCAAGGAUCCACGACAGCUAUUUCAUGGACUUGAACCAGGUUGGCUAAUAAACCUAGUAGACAAAACAAUAGUCAAGUUAAAAACAACAUAAGCCUUAUUUGUUCGUUACUAUACUUUGUUAAAUAAAGAUUGUAUUGUAAAAAGGUG